CAGGAACUCGCCAUUUCAAGUGCAACUGAACUUACGUUCAACGGUAAAAUGGCAGGAAAUAUCGAAAGCAGCAACAUUGAGGCCAAGAAACUUGAGUUUUUCUGGGGUCCUGUCCCCACGUAUUUCUGGGUCAUAAGCGCUAUCAAUGGAGUUAUUACUUUGGUAUGCAACGGACUGGUUAUCUUUCUUAUUCUAAAACGUGAUCGAUUGUUUCGAAACCCUACAAACUGGCUCCUGCUAUCAUUAGCGUUGUCAGAUUUAACAGUUGGAAUAAUAAUGAUUCCCUCGCUAUUCAUUUGUUAUUUUUCCUCCAUUCCCUGCAAUUGGAGUGUGAAUAAGAAAGUGUACGACUUGUUCCUUUACGUUUCGGUCACCAAUCUCUGCUUUUUGACCAUGGACAGAUACAUUGCCGUGGUUUUUCCGUUGAGAUAUACGCUGCUUGUUUCUAGGAGAUCAACGAUCAAGUUAUUAAUUACAGCCUGGCUCUUGCCACUGUUUGCAUGCAUUGCUCCUUACGUCGUAAAAGUUCUACCCAUAUCGGAAAACCAGAAGGAGGAAGCAGCAAAAGUGCUUGUGGCAAUUACACUAGGUAUUUUCGAGUUGCUGCCAUGUUUUAUCAUGUUUCUGGCCUACAUGCAUAUCUUCCAGAUUAGCAAAAGACAUGCACGUCAUAUAAGUUCCAUCAAUAAGAGCAUACGAAGAGAAAGAAGUUCAACCAAUCAAGCGAAAUGGCACGCAAAAUCAACCAUAAGAGUUUUUUGUGUUGUGGUACCUUUGUUUGUUGUUUGCUGGACAAUGGCAUCAUGGAGAGAGAUAUGCUCUGUAUUCCGCGUCUGUUCAGUUCCUGCAACCGCUGUCCACGUUUCGCGACUUCUCCUCAAGGGUCACUCAAUGAUUGAUCCUAUAGUGUAUGCUCUGCAUAAAAAGGACAUACGUAAGGAACUUUUUAAGAUCAUCACUGGGUGGUCAAAAAUGCGGGGCAUUAACUUCAUGUCGAGAGGACGCUGCAGUGAACGUUCUUACACAAUUUCAUUCAACAGAGACCAAGAACGGAAAGAAGAAAACGAAGGAGUUUAUAACAGACAUUUUCGUACAUUGCCUUAG